UUCAUGAUUUCCUAUAUAGGCUGCAAAAUCAUUCUCACUUCAAUUUUCAAGCUUCAUUGCAAUUUGUAUGAUCUACCAACUGUCCAUCUUCUUCUCAUUUACCUUUCUUCUAGCAUCAAAAUCUCCUCUACUUUUUAUCCAACCAUUAAUUCUAUAUAAAUCCCAGAAAAAUGCAAUACCUUCCAAGCCAUAUUAGCAAGUGUUAUCCAAACACAUCUCCAAAAAAAUGUCCAUAGUUGCAGAAGCACCUGGUUACAUCCAAGUUUUCUCCGAUGGUUCAGUUAAACGAUUCGCGCCUGAAAUUGCCACUGCAUCAAUUGAACCAUGCAAUGGAUACAAGUCCAAAGAUGUGAACAUUGACCCUUUAAAGCCAAUAUCUGGUAGAAUAUACCUCCCUGAUUUUCCUGAAUCAGGAGUUAUAAACCAGCAGCUUCCUGUUUUAGUCUAUUUCCAUGGCGGCGGAUUUUGCAUUGGCUCAACUACAUGGCUUGGUUACCAUCUGUUUCUUGGAGAUUUAAGUGUUGCUUCCAAAUCUAUCAUCCUUUCAGUAGACUACCGUCUUGCACCUGAAAAUAAGCUUCCUACAGCUUACGAAGAUUGCUAUUCUGCAUUGGAAUGGCUGAUCAAGAACUUAGAAAAUGAACCAUGGCUGAAAAGGGCUGAUCUUGAUCAGGUUUUUCUUUCCGGGGACAGUGCUGGAGGCAAUAUAGUCCAUCAGGUUGCUAUCCGGGCGAUUAGAAAUGAAGAUUUUCGUGGUAGACUUAAAGGGUUGCUGCCAAUUCAUCCCUAUUUUGGGAGUGAAAAGAGGACUGAAUUAGAGACGGCUAAUGGAUCAGCCGGGGAAGUGGAGAUGAACGACAUGUUUUGGAGGCUUAGUUUGCCACAAGGAUCAAACCGUGAUUAUUUUGGAUGUAAUUUUGAGAAUGCUGAAAUGUCUGUGGCUGAGUGGUCUCGGUUUCCAGCAGUGAUUGUUUUCGUUGCUGGCUCGGACUUCUUGAAAGAAAGGGGAGUAAAGUAUGCUGAAUUCUUGAAAAAGAACGGUGUGAAAAGAGUGGAGUUGGUUGAAGCUGAGGGACAGGUUCAUGUUUAUCAUGUGUUUCAUCCUGAAUCAGAGGCUACUCGUUUGCUUCAGAAGCAAAUGAGUGACUUCAUACAUAGUUUUUAGAAUUCCAUUUGAUCUUCAGAGUCAUUUGAAGCAAUUUGAAGAUAAUUUAGUAGUAAGAAGUGAAAAUUGAAGAUGGAUCUAGAAAACAAGAGCAUUUUUUUUCCUUUUUGAAAGAAGAAUCUAUCUAUAAGUUAUUUCUAGUUUGAGCACAGGUGCACUACAGUCUGCAAAUGUCAGAUGAAAACACAGUUAUUCAUUUUUAUUCUAUUGUAUGGUGCUGAGAACAUCAUAAACUAGUUAGAUGCGACAAUAAGUUCUGUCUACCUAACAAUACAGUUAAUUUUCAUCGUUUUUCAUCUAUUUUAAGGGACUCAACCCAACGAUACCAUCAAGCCAAGGAAACGUAAAAUUAUAGUUCUUCUGCUCAACUUGUUUGGGAUUGACGCGUAGUAGUUGUAGUUGUUGCUGUUGUAUCAAUACUGGCUUUUCUGGUUAAAUUUACUUCC